GCAUGCUCAAGCGCAUUGGAAGCCAUGUUGGAGCUACAGUGGGUUCGGGCUGGGAUUUUCUGACGCUGUAUGUUUUUCUUAAAAUAUCUGUUUUCAUAUAUUGUCGGAGUUCGUCAAACGUGCGCGAUCGGCGCCGUAAUCGGCAUUGGAAAUGAUGAACUCCAGUGUCGACCUGUCCCGGCGGAAUCCGCAGGAGGAUUUCGAGCUGAUCCAGCGGAUAGGAAGCGGCACAUACGGAGAUGUGUACAAGGCUCGUAAUGUAAACACAGGAGAGCUGGCUGCUAUCAAAGUCAUUAAACUGGAACCGGGUGAGGACUUUGCUGUCGUCCAGCAAGAGAUUAUAAUGAUGAAGGACUGUAAACACUCCAACAUCGUAGCCUAUUUUGGCAGUUAUCUCCGGAGAGAUAAGUUAUGGAUCAGUAUGGAGUACUGUGGAGGAGGUUCUCUGCAGGAUAUCUAUCACGUAACCGGGCCUUUGUCAGAGUCACAGAUAGCCUACAUGUCACGGGAGACUCUGCAGGGUUUAUACUACCUACACAAUAAAGGCAAAAUGCACAGAGACAUUAAGGGAGCCAACAUCCUCCUGACAGACAACGGCUAUGUUAAACUAGCUGACUUUGGUGUAUCGGCCCAGAUUACAGCAACCCUAGCCAAGAGGAAGUCGUUCAUUGGAACUCCGUACUGGAUGGCUCCAGAGGUAGCAGCAGUAGAGAGGAAAGGAGGUUACAACCAGCUGUGUGAUAUCUGGGCUGUGGGCAUAACUGCAAUAGAGCUGGCUGAACUACAGCCACCCAUGUUUGACCUGCACCCCAUGAGGGCUCUCUUCUUAAUGACCAAGAGUAAUUUCCAGCCUCCUAAGUUGAAAGAUAAAGUCAAGUGGACAAAUAACUUUCACCAUUUCGUCAAACUGGGCCUCACCAAAAACCCAAAGAAGAGGCCCACAGCUGAGAAACUGCUGCAGCAUCCUUUUGUGUCCCAGCCUCUCAGCAGGACGCUGGCAAUAGAACUGCUGGACAAAGCCAACAACCCCGACCACAGCACCUACAAUGACUUUGAUGACGAUGACCCUGAACCAGAGUCUCCGGUGUCUGUUCCUCAUCGUAUUCGUUCCACCAGCAGGAGUGCCAGAGAGGGAAAGACGCUGUCAGAGAUUAACUUUGGUCAAGUGAAGUUUGAUCCUCCCUUAAGAAAGGAGACAGAACCUCAUCAUGAACCGUGUGAAUCUGAGCCCUAUCUGGACUGUGUUGAGGAGCUCUACUAUACCGCGAGAUCUAAUCUGGACUUGCAGUUGGAGUACGGGCACGAUUCACCAAGUCUACUGGGUGGAAACAAGAGUCUUCUCAAAUCUGUGGAGGAGGAGCUACAGCAGAGGGGCCAUGUGGCACACUUAGGGGAUGAUGAUGAUGAGGAUGAUGAUGGUGCAGAUGAUGAUGAAACUCACACUCAUAAAUCAAGCACUAUCAUGAGGCCAAAGGUCCCACCUCCCCUUCCUCCCAAGCCCAAGUCGAUCUGCUCGUCCCAACCCCAGCAGCAGCAACAACUAAAACAUGACGACAGCCAAUCACACAGCGAGGACGACGGCGGAGGGGGAGGGACCAUCAAACGCUGUCCAGUCCCAGAGACGCCGAGCCCCGCCAAGGCCGCCUCCAACGUCCCUCCGCGGCCCCCGCCCCCGAAGCUGCCGCCCCACCGCCGCAGUAGCCUAGGUAACGAGAGCCCGACGUGCGCGGACGUCGAAAACUCUGCUCCAGAGGAUGAUGGGAGCUUUAGGCAUUUCUGGGAGUGGCUCCACACGCCUCACACAGAGGAGGAGCUGGAGGAGGCAUGGGAGGUGCUGAAGGAGGUGAAAGAGGAGCAGGAAAAAGAGGAGGAAAAGGAAGAGAGUAACGGGCUGAACACAGCUCCACAUCCACAUGGUGGAGAGAGGGACACUCCAGCAGACAGACAGUCCACCAUGCCCCCUAGUGUCCCCAUACGGAAAGACAAGAAGGACGUUCCGAAGCCAAUCAGUAAUGGCCUCCCCCCUACACCCAAAGUCCAUAUGGGUGCGUGUUUCUCCAAGGUGUUCAACGGCUGUCCUCUGAAGAUCCACUGUGCCACCUCCUGGAUCAAUCCCGACACCAGAGAUCAGUAUUUGAUAUUCGGAGCUGAAGAGGGAAUCUACACAUUAAACCUUAAUGAGCUACAUGAGACCUCCAUGGAACAGCUCUUUCCUCGGCGGUGCACCUGGCUAUAUGUCAUGAACAAUUGUCUUCUUUCCAUAUCUGGAAAAGCCUCACAGCUGUACUCCCAUAGUCUGAGCGGUAUGUUCGAACAGGCCAGACAGUUACAGAAGUUACCAGUAGCCAUUCCCACACACAAGCUGCCUGAUAAGAUGAUUCCCAGGAAGUUUGCGGUGUCCAAUAAAGUUCCAGACACUAAAGGGUGCCAAAAGUGCUGCGUAGUUCGUAACCCGUACACAGGCCAUAAAUACCUGUGUGGAGCCUUUCAGUCUAGUGUCAUGCUGUUGGAGUGGGUGGAGCCCAUGCAGAGGUUCAUGCUCAUCAAGAACAUCGACUUCCCGUUGCCGUGUCCGUUGGAGGUCUUUGAGAUGUUGGUGGUCCCGGAGCAGACUUACCCUCUGAUCUGUGUGGCGGUCAGUAAAGGCACCGAACUCAACCAGGUGGUCCGGUUCGGCACCGUCAACCCCAACUCUACCUCCUCCUGGUUCACAGAAGCAGACACCCCCCAGACGUGUGUGAUCCAUGUCACCCAGCUAGAGAGAGACACUAUCCUAGUCUGCCUCGACCGGUGUAUCAAGAUAGUGAACCUCCAGGGCAGGUUGAAAUCCAGCAGGAAGUUGUCAGCCGAGCUCACCUUCAACUUCCAGAUUGAAGCCACAGUUUGUCUCCAAGACAGUGUACUGGCCUUCUGGAGGCAUGGCAUGCAGGGACGCAGUUUCAAGACCAAUGAGAUCACCCAGGAGAUCUCUGACAGCACACGCAUCUUCAGACUACUGGGAUCAGACAGGGUGGUGGUGCUGGAGAGCAGGCCUACAGACAACCCUACAGCCCACAGCAACCUCUACAUCCUGGCAGGCCAUGAAAACAGCUACUGAGACAGACACACACACACACCCACACACACACACACACACACAAACAGACCCGGCACAUAAACACACUCUCUAAACAGCCUACGGGAGACACACUCGGCCCAACCUAACCGUUAACACUGGUGCAGAUGUCGAUUCCCAGUCGCAGACGUUUAAAAAUGCACCGCAGUUACAGUUACAUGUGUAUUAGUUAUGCGUGUUGUAGUAGGGCAGCGGGUUGUGGAGCUGUUUCUGACAGGGCGAGGGUUAAAACUGCCGGUCGGAGGCCAGUUUAGGUUGAGAUAGCCGAGGGAAUCUGCACCUCAGUCGAGCGACGUCCUUCCUGAUACCAUCCCACCUAUUCCCCCUUCAUACUGCACCCUGGGGAAACCGCAUCCAACACAGAAGUCUGACAUCAACACUACUUCUACUACUAGUUCUACACAUACUACUACUACUACUACUACUACUACUACUACUGCUACUUGCGCUAAAGCUUCACAGAAGAGCCAUCUUGCACAGAAAACCUUUCUCUCUUUCAUCGUCCUUUCUCCCUCUUUCCUUUCCUCCCUCUUUUUACUACACCUUUAUUUAUUGUGGCAUGAUGUAACUUUAACAACCAGGAUGGCUUUCCUGUUUUAUUUGUUUUGUUUUUUUAAAAAGGAUGAAAAAAAAAAAAAAAAGAAGAGAAAACCGACUAAAAAGCUUUGCCACCUCUGCUAGCAUCAAAUUCCGAUAUCCCGUCACAACACCACACAAGUGCUUAAUUGACCUCUAUUUAAUUGUUGUAAAUAUAAAUGUAGUAUUUUUUUGACAGAGACGAACACUAAAAAGACUGGUCAUGUAGAUGGUCAUGUAGAUAGGUGUGUGUAUAGUUGCUCUGUACAACUGUGGAGACAAACUGAGAGACAGACAGGUGUGGAGGAGGAGAAGUGACGGGGCAGUAAGUUCACUUCCUAGUUCCCCCGAUCCUGUGACGAGGGUCCGGAAGCAAAGGACCCCCCCCGCGCAGUCUCCUCAGGUGGACAGCUUUAGCAAUCUGAUAUUACUCUAAUAAUCUGGAGCUCAGGAUUGAACUGAGCAAACGCAGGAAGCAGCGCGGAUUGGUCAUUUUCACGUCGCAUCUGUCACCUUCAAAACUUCCUGCUUGUUUGCACCAUAGGCAACAGUCGUCGGGGCAACGGACGUUACAAAUACUGCUCAUUUAAGUUUAUUUCUUUUGUUUUGACAUCCUCCCUUUGUUUUGUUUUUAGUUUUUUAACGCUGUUUUAAUCAAAAAGCUUUUUUUUAUUUUGCUAUUUUUUUUAUUUUUUAUCGAACCACUGGUGUUACAAAUUUGCACAGAGAAAAAGGUAUUUGAUAAACAAAUGUGAUGUCAUUAUAAUAUAUGACCUUGUGUGUAUGCACAGUAUGUGUGUGUGUGUAUGUGUGUGUGCGUAGACGUAGAAUAUGCACAUACAAGUGCGUCAUGUACAGAUCUGGUCUUGAACACGUGACAGUUGUUUUUCCGCCCGAGGCCACUUGAAAAGAGCACCAACAGAUAUUAAAGCUGAAUUUACACAUAAAGGACACAUCAUUUAUAUUUAUUCAGUAGACCUGGGAUAUAUAUUCACUGUAAGCCAUCAUUUCUAGCAUUAAAUUGAACUUCUGUGGAAUUCCACGGGGAUAGAGUUUGCAUCAUAUAGAAGUGCAAGGAGCUGUUCUGUUAAAACAAUUACAUACAAUGGUUUAAUAUAUUUCACUAUGAAUAAUCUGGAACAGUUUGACAGAAAGUUUUGGCAGAAAACCUUUCCCAUAUGGUACUCCAAAGUGGAUAAGAAAAACGCCACAAAUUGUUUUAAAAUUCUGCUUGAAACAGAUCUAUUAAGCACGGACACACUAACUGUACAGAGUAAAAUAAAGAGCUAAAGGCCCGAGCCUAGCACUAGCCUCUACUAGGCAGGAAAUUGAACUUCUGUGUAAGUCCAAAUGUUGUAGUCCUUUUAGUCAUAUUUGGAGAAGUUUUUAACUUUGGCCUUCAUUGCUGUGACUUUUUUAAAGGCCGGCAUCUGUAUAAGAGAUCACUACAUGCAUGUAGAUGUGCACUGUGUGGUGUGUAGGAGAGUCUACAUGUGGCUGUACACUACCAGUCUUUACAAGCUGUGACACUAGAGGUUGCUUCAGAGGAUGUGAACGCUAGUUUAGCUGAAUUUAACUGAGACAACAUCGCUAAACCUGAGAUCUUAAAGAGCUGAAACGUUUGGGUUCAUCUUUCAAGUGGGCCACUUUCUAGGAGUCAGUUUCUCAUUCAUUUCUUCAUUUUCUCCAUAGAAACACAGGUAUAAGCUUAUAAAUAAACCAACCAGAUACCAAAUAUACAGUAUCUAUCCAAACAAAAACAAUAAUAAAUAAUAAAAUUUAAAAGUUACUGAACUGCCAACAUCAAAGCUGAAAUCCAAUUGACACAAUAGCAACGGCGACAAUUACGUUUUCAAAUGUUCUGCCUACGAAGUAAAUGGAAGAUUUAUUAAUGAAGGAUAACAUUUCAGCUCUUUUUAGAUGUGUCACUGAAUGUUACUGAGGUGGUUUUAAAAGAGACUCGUCGCCAUGUUGGGGGACAAUUUAAGAAAAGAAUGUAAAAUCUUUUUUGUAGAAGCUUUCCUUCCACUGCUCGGAAAGUCAUAAUCUCAACCCGUUGUUUUUUUUUGUCACUUUACCAACAUGGCAGCAUGUCCCUCCUCCAAACGUUAAGUGACAGGAAUCACACCUUACACACUAUUUCACUAUGCUUUCAUGGGGUUUAAACAGAUCCUCGCACUGGAUUCCAGCUCCUGCUGCUUUAUUGCACUGUUGUGGCGAAGUAGCUAAAACAAGGCUAGUCUAGUGAAGUGUAGAGAGCUUGAAUCCACUGUGAGGAUAUCAAUUAUUUGUGUACUUUUUUUAUUUUAUUUUUUUUUUAUCGCCUGUACACACUUUUCUUGUAUAAAAUGCCCACAGAGUGUUGCUUUGCACCUGGAAAACAAAUGUCAGAAAUAUGAAUCAUAUAAGACAUGAAGAUAGCACACUUAAUUGCCAUGUAUUGAGUUUGGAGUGGAACACGUAUUCCCUGAUGUGGUGCCCUUCAUAGAAACUCACUACCCCAGACGAUCGUGCUAAUAUAUGUGCUUUUAGCCAACACCCAUUAAUAGAAACGUGUCAUAGAUUGAGUGCUGCAACCAAGUUUUAUUCACACAGUCAGGUUAUUUAACUAUAAUAACUAUUUUCUUAUCAAUUUGUUCAUUCAGUGUCAAACACAUGGGAGUACUACCCAGCAUACUCAAUAGGCUCGCAUUGACAUUGCCAAUCAUUAAUUAAUCAAUUUUCAUAUUUAUGCUCAAUUCAGUUGAUUUGAUCGAUUACUUUCUUCCUUACUGGUUCAUCAUAGUUUUGGGGAAUUUUUUUUUAUCACACAUUCAUUUAAAUUAGAGAUCGGUUGAUGUCAAACAUAUAUUUUACAUUUUUAAAUGUAAUGCCAAAAUAUGAUAGUCUACCUCAUAUGUCCUAGAAGAAAGAAAAAAUAUAUGUCUGAUUCAAAAAGCGUAAACAGCGUAUAAAGUUAAUGGUAAACAAAACAUCUUCUCUAAAACUCUUGUUAAAAUAUCUUUGUCCUCUCAGUUGACGAAUGUCAAUGAUCAGAAGAUGAGAAAUGAAUACAAUUUACUAAAACACAUGAAGACAAAAUGAAUGAGAGAUUCCACCGAAAACGACUUAUAGCUUCUUUGUUAAGGUUUUCUCUCUUUCCUGAAAUAUCCAAUUCCUUUUUAAUUAUAAUAUCUCAAGCCUAAGUUAAAACCCAUCCUGUAUCACAGCUGUGGGAUUGAAUGUUGCUUCCAUGGCUUCUAAUUUUGCUGUCAUAGACAUAAACUUAAUCUAUGUAUCUUCCCCUAAAGCAGAUGCCAACAUGGCCUUCCAUUGUGCUAAACUGUUUUUAAAAAGUCCAUUUUGUUUUACGAGCUCAACUACUCCUGGUUCAAAUGAUGUGUGAAAAUAAUUCAAAGGGAUUGUUUAAAGAUGAUGUAGACAUGUGAUAUGUUAAUGUCUUGAAUGUUAAUGAAAGAUAAAGUAAAUUGGCAUUCGGUUCUUUAUGGCUCUCAUAGUGUCCGUGUAGUAAACCCCAUCUAUCUGGGGCUCCGAGCAGAUUAAAGUAAACACAGAUGAGUUAUGCUAAAGCUGUUUGAUCCUCCCAAUAUAAAACAAAACACAAUAAGCCUCCUCUGUUCUGUAGCUUUUACAUCACCUUUGUCUUUUGUUUUCAUAAUGCAAUGCACACGUUAUAAAAUGUAUAUAGUGUAAAAUAAAAAUGGGUUUGUUUUACAUACUGUAUAAUUGCCUAUAUUUUGUUUCAGAAGUGUAACAGAUUUAUGAGAUGACAGGUUAACACAUUAAAAAGAAGGAACUCAAACA